UAUUGCAGGUUAUAGCUUUGGUUUUGUGUCGCAAAUCUUCGUCCACGAUUCUAAGUUACUCGCAGCUUUAGCGGAGAAGACAUAUGUCGGAGCUUUUCUUUUGAGGGAUGACAGUAAUUAUCUAUCAUCAGAAACUAACAUCAAUGAGCUGAAAGGAAGAUAUUUACUUAACCAGCUUCAUAAAAUUGGCUUACUUGCUUAUAUUUCAAGUAUUCAAGGUCAUAGAGUUAUCCUCACUGGUCUCAUGCGAAUUCGAAUAUCCUAUAUGGUGUGCGAAGAUCCUCUGGCCGUUCAAGUUAAUCAUCUUGAGGCCAAACCAUACGACCUGAACGAUGAUGUCACGAGGGCAACAGACUUUCAUGUUUCUUCAAUGCUUAUGAAUGUUCAUAAGACCAGCCCAAUUUGGAGAAACCAUGUUCAGCAUAUAGGUCAUAACUUCAGUUAUUCAUAUGUUGCUGAUUUUGGAGCCCUGAUACACUGUGCUAGAGAACAUCAAGCUCAACAAGUUGACCAGAUUGCAUUUGAAGUAAUAGGAGAAGGAGCAUCUGUUGAAGAGCUUGAUGUUGCUUUUGAAGUUGAAUCCCGAGAGAACCCUAAUGAAUCAUUCAAUAAAAUCAAAAGUUCAUUUGACCAAUGAUCAAGAGGUUCAAACUGAUGAAUACAACCUUGCAAGUUAUGGUGUCAUGCAGUAUUGGUAUUGGCAGACACCGAUUGGGGUUGCUAUGGCUCUUUCUUGGACAUCAAGAGGUGGCUUAACAUCUUACAUGGAGACAUCCUUUGUUGAUCAAGGUGAAGCCAUAGGAUGCCUCUAUGUAAUGGGUCAGGUUGGGGAAGAGACGCACAGUACCGCUUGUACUGCUUACAAAGUAGCCCAUCAAAUCCUGCUCAAGAAGCAACCUGAGAACAAUUUCUUUGCGAAUUCCAUGCUUUGCCUACAUUUGCCUAGAGUUAACGAUGCAAGCACAGUCUGCACCAUGAUCACAUCCUUAUUAUCACUUGCCAUGAAGAAAGCUGUGAGGAGGGAUCUAGCAAUGAGUGGGAAAGUCACUCUAACUGGAAACAUUCUUGGAAUAGG